ACCUGCCACUAUCGUACCUGACACUAACCGAUGUCUAUGGCCAGCUGUAGGUAAGUGGUCCUGUCCACCAUCCAGUAGUAACUUGUCCAGAAACGGUACAAUUACAUACGUGCCGCGCAAUAACGUGUAUCAGUGCGAAGCUGUUUAAGAAGAAUAACCGAAAAGCACCAUUUAAAGAUCCAUUCAGAACACUGCCAUUUCCUUCUACAAGCCACAUCGACUCUGGGAUUAGAGCAGGCGCGGUGCUCUGAUAUAUGGCUAUGUACAUUCACGAAACCUGCUGAAUCUGUGGACUCCGGCUUAAGACACGUUACCUUCAACGGACUAACUGUUGGCCUCACUGUGGCACUGUCUUGCUGAGUUUUGAAGAAAGGCCUGAGUUAGUGUUUGCAUGAUGUGAUGCAGCUUCCACUUCCUCACUAUUGAUCCAACAGUGUUUUACUGGGAUGGCUGAGACGUCGUGUGUGUUAGUGACCAGCUGAGGUCUGCUGAGAACUCACUCUACUUAUCUGGCUGAGAGCAUGUACAGGAAGAAUGGACUCCCUGUCAGUGUCAGCAUCACCUCUGCCACUCAGGACAGUAGUAGUUCUGAGUCUUUGGAUUGGCAGAGUUUGGACUCUGCUAAAAGCUAUGAUGCGGUGGUGUUUGACGUGCUCAAAGUGACACCUGAAGAGUUUGCUGGCCAGAUCACUUUGAUGGAUGCUCCUGUAUUCAAAGCAAUACAGCCUGAGGAAUUGGCCAGCUGUGGAUGGAAUAAGAAGGAAAAGCACAACCUUGCACCCAACGUGGUGGCCUUCACCCGGAGGUUCAACCAGGUGAGUUUCUGGGUGGUGAGAGAGAUACUGACAGCACAAACUCUGAAGAUCCGUGCUGAGAUUUUGAGCCACUUCAUCAAAAUUGCAAAGAAACUGCUGGAGCUGAAUAACCUGCACUCUCUGGUAUCUGUGGUGUCGGCCUUACAAAGUGCACCAGUCUUCAGACUGAGCAAGACAUGGACACUCAUCAGUCGAAAAGACAAGGCCACUUUUGAGAAGCUGGACUUCUUGACAUCAAAAGAAGAGAACUACACCCGGAUGAGAGAGCACAUCAAGUCCCUCAAAAUCGUUCCCUGCAUCCCUUAUCUCGGAAUUUAUUUGUUUGAUAUGACCUAUAUCGACUCUGCCUAUCCAGCCACUGACAGCAUCAUAGAGACUGAGCAGAGGACCAAUCAGAUGAACAAUCUUCUCCGGGUCAUCUCUGACCUUCAGGUGUCCUGUAACUAUGACCACUUGCUGACAUUACCACAUGUACAGAAGUACCUGAUGUCAGUGCACUACAUCGAGGAACUGCAAAAAUUUGUGGAGGACGAUAAUUACACGUUGUCCCUGAGGAUUGAACCUGGAAACAAUUCGCCUCGUCUGGUAUCUUCCAAGGAAGACCUUGGAGGACCAUCAGAAGAGUCAUUCUCAGCAAAGUAUAACCGGAGGCCAACUUGUCCCGAUACCUCAGUUGUAUCCCAUCUGCCUACACCCCCACCAGCCCGGCACAGAAAGAGUCACAGCCUAGGAAAUAACAUGAUGUGCCAGUUUGGAGUACCGGAGAGUAAGAGUGCCACUUUUUCUGUGAAGGAAAAAGCUCGUCAUCUACUGGACGACAGUUUUUUAGAAUCCCACAGCCCUGUCAGGAAUCACACACACGAUUCUGUCUUCACCAAUGGCAUCUCAUUAGGUAGUAGAGAAAGUUUCUUCAGUGAUGAAUUGUCAUCCACUGCUGAAAGGGGUCGUAUGUAUGCUACCCUUGGUCCAAAUUGGAGGGUUCCAGUCCGUAACUCUCCUAGAAGCAGAAGCUAUGUUUACAGUGUGUUUCCCAGUGCCCCAGGGGCUGUGUCCAGUUAUGAGUGCAGCUCGUUAAGCAGUAUCACCAUUGAAGGGCCUCUGCGCAGAAAGACUGUAAUGAAAGAGGGCAAGAAGCCUACACUGUCAUCAUGGAAGCGAUACUGGAUUGUUCUUUCUGGUUCAACUCUAAUCUAUUUUGGCUCAAAAGCUUUAAGAGCAAAUGAAAGGAGACAUUACAAAUCCAGGCCUUGUAAGAAGAUCUCAUUAACUGGCUGGAUAGUGGUGCUGCCUGAUGACCCUGAGCAUCCAAACAUUUUUCAGCUCAAUGACCCUGAUAAAGGUAAUGUUUACAAGUUCCAGACUGGAUCUCGUUUUUCUGCAAUUAUCUGGCAUAAGCAUCUGGCUGAGGCCUGCCGGUGUAUAAGGCCACAGAUACCAGCCAAUUUAAUGUCUUUUGAAUAGCUGCCACCUUGUGAAGGACAAAAGUGUGCCAGUAACAAGGAAGUUCAAAAAGAAAUUAACAUAAAGUCAAGUUUAAAGCUCUGUGGUGUUAUGAUGAUCAUGUUUUGUCUUGUGUUUAUAAAAUAGCCCUGUUGAUCAGGGUGCAGUAUAUGUGGACUUUUAUCUUGUGGGUUCUGUGCAAUUUAGGAGUGUCCUAUAGAAAAAGUGCCGAAGAAGAACAGAAAAAUUAAAGAUAAUGAUAAUGAUACCAAAAAUUCAAAGAGGAACACUGCACGUCAUGGAUCAAAUCUCUUCUAGCCAUUAUAGAAAGGAAACUACAGUAAAUAUGAGACUUUGGAGAAUGCUGGUUGUUGUAAUUUCAAGAAUAUAAUUUGGAAUCUUAAGUAAAUCAAGUUUGCACUCAGACUAUGAAGUACUAAACUUAAUACCCGAAAUAUUGUCAUGUAUUAACUUGGAUAUGGUCUAAUUUCCACCUUUUAGAAGCACCACAGUGACACCUGAAAGAAAUUCUGCUCCCCAACCAAAAAAGAGAUUAAUUCGAAACUGGUUUAUUCCAUUCAAGGAACAAGAAGAAAGUGGCCAGAUUUGUUAAAAAAUGUAUUUUCCCUUUUGUGAACUAUGUAGGCCACAAUGAAGGGGUGGCAUAUAAAAUAUUUUGACACAUUAGUUAAAUAUUGUAAAUAUACCCUUGUUAAUAUAUUGUAUAUGCGUACUACUCGGUGUGAAAGAUGUCAAACAUUUUGUGUACAAACUAAUACUGUCUUAUUUAUGUUUUCACGUGAACAAGUGCCAAAAGUUUGUAUUAGAAAUGGUAUCAUCACUUUGUUGAAUUUUCUGAACUAAGUGAAAAGGCCUAGAAAAUGUGAAGUAUUGCAGGAGAAUGAGAAUUCUACCACAGAACAAUUAGAAAAUUUCUGUUUUCAUAUUAUUUAUGCACCUAACUGAAAGCCCUUCAGUUUGCGAAGAUCCUAAAGCAGGGACACAGAUGAAACAUACUAAUAAACUUGAAGCUCUUUUACCAUUGUUUCUCUAACAGAGGUGCAGAUGUGUCAAUCAUCAUUAUUUCAUUCUCAACUGAAUAAUAUAAUCUAGUUCCUAAUAAUGGAACAUGUUUGUAAAUAUAUUUCACAUCUGUGUGUUUGUUUGAUUCUUUGUUUGUUUGUGUGUGUGUGAUAUUUCUCAUUAAAUUCUGAAGUGUCUGAUUAGGUUGUUAAUGUCAUUUCAGUGAGAGUGUCCACAUGUUUAAGUAGCAGUAUCACUAUUGACACUCUAUUGAGCCUUGGUUCUGGGUUUAUUUCCCUCACAGUUUUCUAAAUGUUUAAUCAACUACACAAAACAUUAAAGGAUUGUAGGUGAAUUUUUGUUCAUGUGCAUGUCAUAACCUAUUCCUUACCAAUGUGAUAGCAGUGAAGUAUUGAGAGCUUCGGAAUUCCUUUUUGUACUGUAAAUUAAAUAAGACAUGAAUUUUUCCUAAGUAUGGUUGCAGAAUGUUAUCUAGCAUCACUGCUGAAGAAGUAAUUGUGUUUGCUACCUCCUGCUAUUCUCCUUUUUAUUAUGUAUCAAUUUUUUUUAAUUGUUACACAUGUAGAUCACAAAUCUGAAAGUGAAUGUAGGGAUAGGUUUACUGUACAUUUUGUGUUUUUUCCAAGAACCGGCAAAGAUUCUAAAACCAGAAAAUGUGCCUGUUGGUUCGUGUUUCUCUGUACAGUGUAUGUGACAUCAAUGUAUCCUUGUACUGUAAAUUGAGAUUAUAUCUGUCAUUGGCAUUUCUUCUUCUUAUAAUUAUUCUUAUUCUUCAUUUUCUACUUUUUUUUUCUUCUUCUAUUGCUAUGUAUGCUUUAUACAUACUUGUUUUGUUGAGAACACUUAUGAACAUAUUCUGCAUCACCCAUGUGUUUUGGAGUUCAUAUCUCAUGAUAUGAUAAUAUAUAUUGCAAAAUGUAUUGCACCAUUAAAGGU